UGCAAAGACCCAAAGGCAGCAAGAGCCGGUGCAGGAGAGGUGGAGGGCCCAGCAGGAGAAUCCACGCGGCUCCAAGGCUCAACAUCCUGUGGCAUGGGAUCCUCCAAGAAGGUUACCCUGUCUGUGCUCAGUCGGGAGCAGUCGGAAGGGGUUGGAGCACGGGUCCGCAGAAGCAUCGGCCGGCCGGAGUUAAAAAAUCUGGACCCAUUUUUACUGUUUGAUGAAUUUAAAGGCGGGAGACCAGGUGGAUUUCCUGAUCACCCACAUAGAGGUUUUGAAACAGUAUCUUACCUUCUGGAAGGAGGGAGUAUGGCCCACGAAGACUUCUGUGGACAUGUUGGUAAAAUGAACCCAGGAGACCUACAGUGGAUGACUGCAGGCCGGGGCAUUCUCCAUGCAGAAAUGCCUUGUUCAGAGGAGCCAGCCCAUGGCUUACAACUGUGGGUUAAUUUGAGAAGCUCAGAGAAGAUGGUGGCACCUCAGUACCAGGAAUUGAAGAGUGAAGAAAUCCCUAAACCUAGUAAGGAUGGGGUAACAAUUGCUGUCAUUUCUGGAGAAGCACUGGGAAUAAAGUCUAAGGUUUACACUCGCACACCAACCUUAUAUUUGGACUUCAAAUUGGACCAAGGAGCAAAGCAUUCUCAACCCAUUCCUAAAGGGUGGACAAGUUUCAUUUAUACCAUAUCAGGAGAUGUGUAUAUUGGGCCUGAUGAUGCACAACAAAAAAUAGAACCUCAUCACACAGCAGUGCUUGGAGAAGGUGACAAUGUCCAGGUAGAGAACAAGGAUCCAGAGAGAUGCCACUUUGUCCUAAUUGCUGGGGAGCCAUUAAGAGAACCAGUUGUCCAACAUGGUCCAUUUGUGAUGAACACCAAUGAAGAAAUUUCGGAAGCCAUACUUGACUUCAGAAAUGCAAAAAAUGGGUUUGAAAAGGCCAAAACUUGGAAGUCAAAGAUUGGAAACUAGUGAAGAGCACAAAACCAGAAUCUGAUGCUUCCUAAAAUUUGGACAUUCAUGGUGUUAAACCAUACAAAGCAUUCCAUUUCAAAAGCUCACUUAAGCUGAUGUUUCUAAAGAAUUCCACAUGAAAGUGAUAUGAUUUUUAUAGCAAUUUAUAUGUUGGCUAUUUCCUGGCACAUGCAAAUAAACCAUCAUUGCUUCUUUAAAAA